AGUUCCCGGCUGUCACACGCCACGCCCCUUUGUGCCGGAGGAUCCGUCCUCGGGAGAAGCUGGACACACACAGCCUGCCGGGAGAAGAGUCCACACCGCCCUCCACCCAUCCCAUCCAUCCAUCAGGACUAUGACCACCAAACGUGUCGUCCUCACCGGACCCGCACCAUGGGGCUUCCGACUGGUCGGGGGAAAAGACUUCGACCAACCUCUAACCAUUUCCAGGGUGACACUCGGUAGCAAGGCUGCUUUGGCUGAACUGUGUACUGGAGAUGUGGUUGCUGCCAUUGACGGAGAGAACACUGAUGGAAUGACCCAUUUAGAAGCCCAGAACAAAAUCAAGGCCUGUGAAGAUGAUCUGGCUCUCACCAUUAACAGGGUUAAAUCUAAGAUUUGGUCACCUAUUGUAAAUGAAGAAGGCAAAUCAAACCCAUAUAAAAUGAACCUAUCAUCGGCUCCUCAGGAAGUAAAAGCGAUAGGAGCCGCACACAAUCGAAGUGCUAUGCCAUUCGCUUCUGGCUCCGCUUCCAGCACUCCCAAAGUGAUCACUGCCCUGUACAACAACCCAGCCGGCCUCUAUUCCUCUGAAAACAUCCAAACCUUCAAUAACACGUUGGAGUCCAAAUCGACAAACGGUGCCCAUGUUGCCCAAGUGUCAAACCAAGAUGUAGAACGGCCUCUUCCGCCUCCUCCUCCUCCACAAGCACGGCAAAUUGACACGGACUCCGAGGUAUACAAGAUGCUGCAGGAGAACCAGGAAUCAAAUGAACCCCCAAGACAGUCUGUCUCCUUCCUAGUACUGCAGGACAUAUUGGAGAGCGAUGAGAAAGACUUUCAAGGCACGGAACAUUCAUUACCAGGUUCAGCUGAUGGUUUAGACCCAGGUGAGAAGCCUUCUGGGUUCCGCAGUGUGAGAGCCCCCACCUCAAAAGUGGCAGCCUCUGUUGGCGGUGGGCAAAAAUUGCCAAUCUGUGAUCAUUGUGGAUUAGGCAUUGUGGGAGCCUUCGUGAAGAUCCGUGACAAGCCUCGUCACCCUGAAUGCUACGUGUGCACUGACUGUGGAACAAAUCUCAAACAGAAGGGGCACUUUUUUGUAGAGGAAAAGAUGUACUGUGAAAAGCAUGCACGGGAGCGUAUGACACCGCCUGAAGGAUACGACGUAGUGACAGUUUUUCCAAAGUAAAACUUAGCAAUUUCUGCUAUGCACAAAAUGACAUUUCCUACCAUUUUAUUCCUGCGUGAAGGCUUCUGUUUACCCAAGCACGAUUGUUUGCAGAAAAUGAUUCUAGAGAGGAAACCUGUGGAUUUUUUUUUUUUAAAUAUAUAGAAAAUUCAACCCAAACAUUUCGAUGUGUGUUUGUUUUUUUUUUUAAAUCUUGAUUGUAAUACUCAAUACAGAGAAUCUGACACAAAA